AAAAGACGUGGCUCUUUGGAAUUCACUAUAUCAUUUCUAGCGGCUUGGGGCAGCCCGUACAAGUACGGGCCUCGAUAAUUUCCCCUCCGUCACUCCGCACUCAGCAUUUCAUCUCAAACCUAUAGACAAGACAACACUCUCUAAAGACUUGUUACUACUCUUUCCAAUAUGGCAGAGUCUCUGGCUUCAACUCUGGCCGAGUUGAACCUGAAUGCCCAGGGCUUGGACGGAUCUGCCUUUGAUGCUCGGAUCGCUGAAGAAGAAAAAGGCACCUACGAGAACCACAGACCUCGCAAGAGAACUCGACAGACUGCAGAGGACCUGAAGACUUCGCUUGAGACUGAAUUUUUAACUCCUUCAUCUCAAUUCAGCCCAGAAUGGCUAAAUCGCUUGCAAAGGCGAUGGGAUGUCUCAACGGAUUAUACAGAUCUCUUUGAGCUUGCUGCCACCCAGACCCGGACUAUCACCCGUUUCACGCGGGAAGGUUUGGAAGGACGCGUUACCGGCUACCAUGAGGUCACAGUUCCUGCUACGAGUGCAAAUGCCAAGAAUUCGACAUCGUUACUUCGUCGACCAGCCGGUCGGGCUGAUUUUGUGAGAGGCGCGGCGGGGUUUUUCCCCUUUGCACCAGGUGGACUCGAUGGUGUUGAAGCCAUCGCUGCCAUGGAGUCUGAUGAAAUUAUAGAGCAAACCCGACCUGGAGGCAAGCAGACAGGCCUUGACCGGAUUAUCAAUUUUGGAGCCGAAGGAGGCCUGUUGGAGAUUCCUCCGGGAUUCUCCCGUGGAUUGAAGUUCGAGGAGGCCAAAUCUAAGGAAGCAACUGAGAAUGACCAGGAAGUUGAGCAUGCUCUUCUGCAAGAGGAGAGUGAGCUGCAUGUUGAGCAAAAGGAGGAAGCGCUUUCGGACACUGAGGGUGGGGUGAAAAUUGAGGAUGAAGGGGAGACCAGUGAUGAGGACGAAGAAGAUAUUGAUUCUCUCCUACCUGUUGAGUUUCCGUCAUUGGAACCGCGCAACCCACUCCUCGGAAGUGUUCAAAGGAAAGGUGGUAAAGAAUGGGCACAUGUGGUUGAUGUCAAUAAGGAUAUUCCGAAUUUCCGUGAUCUUGUCCCUGAUAUGGCCAGGGAAUGGCCCUUCGAAUUAGAUACUUUCCAGAAAGAGGCUGUUUAUCAUCUCGAAAAUGGCGAUUCGGUGUUUGUUGCAGCCCAUACUUCGGCCGGAAAGACCGUCGUUGCAGAAUACGCUAUUGCAUUGGCUGCGAAACAUAUGACAAAGGCAAUUUACACGUCGCCUAUCAAAGCACUGAGCAACCAAAAGUUCAGAGAUUUCAGGAAGGAAUUUGAUGAUGUUGGUAUCCUGACGGGUGACGUUCAGAUAAACCCAGAGGCAAGUUGCUUGAUCAUGACUACCGAAAUUCUUCGAAGUAUGCUCUACCGGGGAGCAGAUUUGAUCAGAGAUGUCGAAUUUGUGAUUUUUGACGAAGUGCACUAUGUCAACGAUCUUGAAAGAGGUGUGGUUUGGGAAGAAGUUAUCAUCAUGCUGCCGGAGCAUGUCACAUUGAUCCUACUAUCUGCCACUGUCCCUAAUACUCAAGAAUUCGCCUCCUGGGUUGGCCGCACAAAGAAGAAGGACAUCUACGUCAUCUCGACUGCCAAGCGACCCGUUCCGCUCGAGCACUAUCUUUGGGCGGGUAAAGACAAGUACAAGAUUGUUGAUUCCAACAAGCGAUUUCUGGAGCAAGGCUGGAAAGCGGCAGACGAAAGCAUUUCUGGUAGAGACAAGAUUAAAGCGCAAAAAGCAGCAGAAGCCCAAGCUCAGUCCCAAGCACAACGAGGAGGUCCCCAGGGCAGAGGGCGUGGCCAACCACCAAGCAGAGGGGGUCGAGGCAAUGCACAGCGUGGUGGUCCCCAGCGAGGUAGAGGACAACCAGCAAACAGAGGAACAGGAAACAUUGCUCGUACUGGCCGAGGAGGUGGCCGGACUAGUGCUGCGCAAGACCAAAACGUUUGGGUGCACCUUGUUCACCACCUUCGCAAAGAGAAUUUGCUGCCAGGCUGCAUAUUCGUGUUCUCUAAGAAGCGUUGUGAGCAGAAUGCCGAUUCGCUGUCUAACCAAGACUUCUGCAAUGCUUCAGAGAAGAGUCUCACCCACAUGUUCAUUGAAAAGUCACUUACUCGGCUGAAACCAGAGGAUAGAAACCUUCCUCAGAUUCUUCGACUUCGUGAUUUGCUAAGUAGAGGUAUUGCUGUUCAUCAUGGAGGUCUUUUGCCAAUCAUGAAGGAGAUUGUCGAGAUCCUCUUCGCCAAGUCAUUGGUCAAAGUUCUUUUCGCUACUGAAACGUUUGCCAUGGGUUUGAACUUGCCUACACGUACGGUGGUCUUCUCUGGAUUCCGCAAACACGAUGGCAAAGCGUUCAGGGAUCUGCUGCCUGGUGAAUACACUCAAAUGGCUGGACGUGCUGGACGAAGAGGUCUCGACACGGUUGGCUAUGUCAUCAUCGUCAACAGCGGUAGAGAUGAGGCACCGCCUGCGGGCGCUCUGAGAAAAAUGAUUCUUGGGGAUCCUACGAAACUCCGAUCGCAGUUCAGACUUACAUACAACAUGAUUUUGAACCUUUUACGUGUAGAAGCUUUGAAGAUCGAGGAGAUGAUUAAGCGAAGUUUCAGCGAGAACGCCACCCAAGCUUUACUUCCAGAACACGAGAAACAAGUUCAGCUUUCAGAAGCCAGUUUGGAAAAGAUCAAACGAGAGCCUUGCGAGAUCUGUGAUAUCGACAUCGCCGCUUGUCACGAUGCGGCUGUUGAGUAUGAGAAACUCACCACUGAGCUCCAUCUUGGACUACUUGCAUCCCCUGUAGGAAAGCGUCUCUUCAUGCCUAAGCGACUCGUGGUGUAUCGAAAAGAAGGGUAUCGGACGGCUGGUGUUAUAGUCCGGGAGGGUAUUGGAGGUGGUUCUGCACCUACUAUCCAGGUUCUUGAAAUCGGUAAAUUGGGCAGCAAGCGGCAUCCAAGCGAUAUUCUUCCCUUCCUACCAGGAUUCCGUCACCUCCUGCAGUCCCUACCAACCCGUGCUUCAGACAUGGCCCUGAAAGUAUUCAAAAUACCGCUCUCGGAUCUCGAGUGUGUCACUAACACAAUGGUAAAAAUCGGGGGACCAACAUGGUACUUGAACAUCAAGAAAGAGGCAAUAAAGUUUGCAGACAAAGAGCUGUCUAAACAUACCUCUUCUUGGACGAGUGCUGUUUGGGAUGAGAUGGAUUGGGCGCGCAUUAAAGAGUUGCAAGUGAGAGAUAUACUUGAACAGAGGCAGGCGCAAGCGGCCAUCGCCCAGUCUUGUCGAUGCUUGGAGUGCCCGAACUUCUUGAAGCACUUCGAAAUGCAACAUGAUGAAUGGCAGGUCAAAGAGAACAUCUCGCAAUUGAAGCAGCUGAUGUCGGACCAAAACUUGCAGCUUCUGCCAGACUACGAGCAGCGCAUCCAAGUCCUGAAAGAGCUUGGCUUCAUCGACGAACAAUCUCGCGUACAGCUGAAAGGAAAGGUGGCAUGCGAGAUUCACUCUGCCGACGAACUCGUCCUGACAGAGCUUAUUCUCGAGAAUGUUCUAGCAGAAUACGAACCUGAGGAGAUUGUCGCGCUUCUAUCGGCGUUUGUCUUCCAGGAGAAGACAGAAAAUGUGCCUACCUUGACGCCUCGCCUGGAAAAGGGCAAGGAGGCUAUCAUCAGGAUUUCCGACAAAGUUAAUGACUUCCAGGUCCAACACCAGGUCAUCCAGUCCAGCGAAGACACCAAUGACUUUGCUAGUCAGCCGCGGUUUGGACUGGCAGAGGUCGUGUACGAAUGGGCCAAGGGAAUGUCUUUCAACCGCAUUACGGACCUUACAGAUGUGAUGGAAGGAACCAUUGUCCGGACUAUCAGUCGACUGGAUGAGACAUGCCGGGAGGUAAAGAAUGCGGCCAAGUUGGUGGGAGACCCAUCAUUAUAUACCAAGAUGCAGCAGGCGCAGGAGCAGAUCAAGAGAGAUGUGAUAUUCGCAGCAUCUUUGUACAUGUGAUGAGUAUGCAUACAAUACAUAGCUAGUGAGAAACUACUCCAUAACUAUCUAGAGAGCAUUGUGCCCUUGUGGGCUUAGUGUGUGUUUUUCUUUUUCUCCUUUUUCCACCGC